CGGGCCCCUCGCCAUCCAUCACCACUUGCUCGGGCAGCCCACUUACCUAUGUAAUUGCUCGAUAGGUCCCUAUACAGAAAACCAGGCAAACAAGAGGCAGCAACAGCAACUUCCCUUCUCCAACGAACAAGCGAAAGAGAGAGACCUAGCCUUCCGACCAUCCCGGCCCGACCCCUCUCUACACACGCGCCGCCGCCGCCGCCGCCGACGCACGUUCGCGCCGUGGGAUAAAGAAAAGAAAAAGCCCGAGAAAGCUUUUGCGCAUGUCUCUUUUCGUCGCGCAAACACUGCCCCGACGAAACACGACGAAGCGCCGUCUUCACCACCCCAGUUCCGCCGCGCAGAGAACCCGACCUGCUUCUGCUUCAUCCCCAAACUCGCCCGAAAUGGCAGACCAGUGGGUUGACUGGAACAAGACCACCCGGUCCAAGGACUACCGGGGCUCUGCGUCGUUUGCGACGUUUCUGAUCAUUGGACCCGUCUGCUUCUUCCUCGGGAUCCUGUUCGCCUCCUUCCCCUACGACUUCCCGCUGCUCUGGACCUCGGACCCCGUGCCCGCCGCCUACCUCGACCAGCUCGAGACGCACCUACGGUUCAUGCACCAGUCGCCCCCUCUCAUCGCGCGGCUGCUCAACAUCAUCGUGUCGGCCGGUUUUCUAGGGUUCUUCAUCAAGCUGUUCAAGCCGUCCGAGGCGAACGUGCUGUUCGACGGCGCGUCGCUCGUGCUGUACGUGAUCGGCGCCGGCGUGUACAUUGCCAACAUCGUCAAGGGAAUGCGCACGGUGAGCGCGGGCGCGUGGGACGACGAGGGCAACAGCGGGAUUCCCUUUGACGGCCCGCUGACGGGCGAGAUUAUCCUCGGCCGCGAGGACAGCCUCAAGGUGCUCAGCGCCAGCAACACCAUCUUGGCGCUUGUUCUCGUCGGCGUCCUGGUCCUGCAGGUCGGCCAGUGGUAUGCCGAGCGCAAGGAGGCCGACGACAUUAAGAAGAACGCUGCCGCCGACGCUGCUGCCGCUGCUGUCGCUGGCAGUGCUGGGGGCGACGCCGGGCAAGGGAAGAAAAGGCAGUAGACGGAGGCAUGGAAAUCGGAAAAGAAAACCCAACCCAACCAAAAAAAAAGUGCCUAGGUUAAGGGUACAAUUUCUUUUUUUUUCUUCUUUUUUUUUAUUUUUUUUUACAGAUAUACCUACCUGGUAUAUGUAUUGGAGAAACAAACGAUUAAUGCCCAAUUAAGAGAAAGAAAUGUAUCUAUCUAGUUCUCUUAUGUUUUUGCGUGUGCACAAGGUUACGUUUACGUAUGGGCAUAAAAUGCAUUAAUGUCCCUUGGAGGACGGACGGGUGUACUUUCUCCCAUUUUAAAAGAUUUACGGAAUACAAAUUCCACAUCUCUCGCGAGCAAC